AGACUACACUGAGGGAAAAAUCCCGUUGCGAAAUCAAGCACGUAUGUUGUCAUUUUCGCAACGACCCGUUGUUAUAUUUUUCAACAACGGCUGUUGGUGAAUUGUGCACGAACGUGCUCAAAUUGACACCGAGACGUGGUCAACUUUCGGUACCAACAACAGCCGUGCUUAAUUUGUCCAUUUGUAAUAUUGGUAAUUGCAGCCGAUUACACACGAGUAAAAAAUGACAACGGUGGUGCAUGAUUCACACACGGUCGUUGUCAAUAUGACACCGGUCGUGUAUGAAUUAUGCACCACCACCUGCAUAAUGAUGCACCACCGUUGUUACUUUGUACACCGACGUGCAUGAAUCGUACACGAUCGUUGCCAUUUUAGCAACUACCGUGUAUGAAUCAUGCACCACCGUUGUCAUUUUUUUUACUCGUGUGCAAUCGGCUGCAUAUUUACCAUUUUUUCCGUGUUAUUGAAAGAGAAAGGACGCAUUGUGCAAAAAAUUUAUUGAAAAUGAAUAAUAAUUCGCAAGAUCCUCAAAAUAUCAUUGGUGAGUUGUUAGAAAUCGAUGGCAAUAUUGUUGUGGUUCGCGAUACAAACCAUUGCAGCAGUCAAGAUGCGGAAAACAAUGAGGACGAUUAUAUGUUAAGGGAGUUCUUAAAAGGAAUAAAUAUGGAGUCGCUUUUUGAACAAUUAAAAGCAUCACAUGUAACAUUUCGCAGCUUGCAGUACUUGAAAAAAGAAGAUUUAAAGGAAGCAGUGCCACCAUUGGGACUGCGUGUUGAAUUCAGAGAAAAGCUCUUUGCUUGGAAAAAACGAAAGCUCGGGAUUGAUGACGAAACUAUGUCAGUUCCAUCUAAAAUAGGUGAAUGGUGGAAACGCAACGAGACACCUGCAAGUACUCCUGGUACUCCCGACACUACAGGUUCGAACUGCUCAAAAGCCAAAGGAAUUUUGUCAGAGGAUCUAACGGAAUUGUUAACACAUACCUCGAAGGGGAAACUAGCGCUUGAAUGUAGUAGCGUUAAUAAGAAAUUAAGUGACGAGCAAAGAGAUGAUAUAAUUAAUAUAAUUAUUGAAGAUAUUUUAACCAACAAUGUUACUCUUUACACUCAAGACUAUAUGCGCAUAUUGGAUGAAAUUUGUUCCGUUUUUCCUCUUGAAAACGAAAUGAGGGAUUAUUAUUACAUUUCAAGAAAAGGAAAGAACAACGCAAGCGGAAAACUUUAUGCCAAGUAUAGAAACAAGAAGUCCAAAAGAAUAAAGCUUUUGAUUUCCGAGCCUAGCACAAGCAAAGCAGCAACUCACACAUCUCCUAAUUUUUGUAACAAAGAUGUUCCCGAAAUUGAUGAAUCAGUUGAAAAUUCAUUGAAAGCUUCCUUACUAAGAGAAUGUAAUGAUUGGGGAUCGAUCUGCGAAAAAUGGAAAAGAUCUUUUAACAUACGGCAAAGAGAUAUAAAAAAUUUAAGUAGCCAUACAUUUCUCCUUGAAUGGACGAAGUUGUCCGAUGCAAGAGCUUCAGAAUUGGUCAACAUUGAUUUCGAUAUUAUGUAUCCACAGAAAGGCAAUCUUCUACUUUCUAAAUGGGACCAAUUUAAGAAAAAAAUUUACAAUUAUUAUGGGAAAAAUAUUCAUAACGAACAUUGCAAACAACUCUUCGCAAAUGUUUUGACGGCAAGCAGCAUAGAUGCUCAAGAUUAUAUAUACGCAAUACUGUUGAAUUCAGUUUUACCAUCACCUGCUAGGUUUAAAUGUGGAAACGGUAAAUUACGAAAAAAAGUAACAAUAGCUGAUUCGCAGGAAAGUUUCGUACUGCGACUACCGACAAUUAACGAUUAUAAAAGGCAAAUUGAUACAGUCACUGAAAAGUAUUACAAUGCUGGAUUAACUAUACAGCCAUUUAUAAUUGUGGAGGGUUUGUCCGAUUUCAAUAUAAAAGGUUUUUAUGUUUUUUUUAACCACAAUUUGUUAAAAUUUCAAUCGUUCCUCGAAUGUUUAGAUACAUGUUUUAAAAUUUUUCAUGCACUUUCUUUAAAAUAUCCAAAUGCCUGCCAAAUUCCAUGGAUUUUUAUCCAAAAAUAUUUUUAUGAAAUUAAUACUGUAUAUGAUAUAAAAUCAGUUAAUUUGACUUCACUUAUUAAUUUCUGCAACAAUAAUUAAAGUACAAUUCAAAAUGUAUAUUUGCUUUCGUUGCCGUAAGCAUUUUGAUAAGGCAAAUCUUUUAAUAGCUCAUUUGAAAACAGACCAUUUAAUGUCCACUAAAUUUUUAAAAGUACAAUGCGUUCAGGACAACUGUAAGCAAACAUUUACAAAAUUUACGUCAUUCAGAAUUCAUUUAGAAAAACUUCACAAGAAUCACACAAAAGCUCCACCAAUGGUUAAAGCCAUUAAUGUGCCAGUUGAAAUGUCAUCAUCAAAAGAAAAUGAUUAUACAAACAGUGAAACUGUUAUUAACAACAAUACAAUAGAAAAGGAUUUAAAUGUUUUGAAAAAGAAAACCUUAUAUCUGUCUUUACAAUUACAUGGUCAAAGCUAUAUGCCUAGAAAUCAUGUUAUAGAAAUACAACAUUCUGUUUCAAUUCUGCUUUCAUCCAUUUCAUGUACAAUUGAAAAAUAUAUAACUGAUCAUCCAAAUUAUGAAGACUUAAGGUACUUACUAAACUUUUGUAAAAAUCCUUUCGAAGAAACUAGA